AGCUAGUUAUUUGUGGGGAGGCGCUGUAGCCAUUUCGCCACAUGAAAGCCCGAUGAGCUGAACGACCAACAUCCGAGUUGUUGGUGGAGAAGAGAUAUCAGCUUUGAGGAGCUGUGCGCGCACACGUGCACGAACUCGCGCGCGAAUACGCACGUCUCACGGACACGCACACUUCCUCCUCGACCUCCGCGGAAAAAGAGGGAGAGAGGAGCAGAGAGAGGGUACACGAACUUCCAACUCUCCCAUGUGGAAAGCAGAGGUUUGGAGAUAAGGUGCAUUUUUUCCUCUUCGGGUUUUUUAUUCCCCCCUCUCUGUCCCUCUCUUUCUCCCUCUCAGUGUUUUUUUUUCUUUUUUUUUCUUUUCUUUUUAAACCAUUUUGUCCGGAUAUUUGUGUUUCUAUGAGAGUCUUGCUUGGCGAGAAGAGAAGUUUGGUUGUUUGUCUGGUCGGCUGAGGAAGAGGAGGAGGAGGAGAAGAGUCUGGUUAUAAGUGGGGGAAGAUGGUCCACAACGCCGCUUGGAGAAGAAGCUUGUUAUGCGUCCUGGCGCUCAGUUUCGGCUUUGCGUCCCAGCCGUGCAAAGCUCGGAUUUACACCAACCACUGGGCAGUCAGGAUAGCCGGGGGACCCGAGGUAGCCGACAGGAUAGCGGAAAGAUACGGCUAUAGGAACAUGGGACAGAUUGGGGAUCUCAAAGACCACUAUCACUUCUUCCACAGUCGGACUAUCAAGAGAUCAACAUUGUCCAGUCGUGGUCGCCAUAGUUUCAUUUCCAUGGAACCCAAGGUGGAGUGGAUUCAGCAGCAGGUGGUGAAGAGGAGGAUCAAGAGGGAUUACAAACCAGUCCCACCCCUUUACCAGACAAGCCCUGCCCACAACCAAAACUACAUAUUCUAUAAUGAUGCCAAGUGGAGCAGUAUGUGGUACAUUCACUGCAACGAUGAUGUCCAUAACUGUCAGUCGGACAUGAACAUCAUGGGGGCGUGGAAGAGGGGUUACACGGGUAAAAACGUGGUGGUUACCAUACUAGAUGACGGCAUUGAGAGGACCCACCAAGACCUUAUUCAGAACUACGAUCCUCAAGCAAGCUAUGACGUCAACAGCAACGAUCCAGAUCCCCUGCCUCGAUAUGACGCAACCAAUGAGAACAAACACGGUACACGGUGUGCGGGUGAAGUUGCUGCAGCUGCAAACAACACCCAAUGCAUUGUGGGAAUUGCCUACAAUGCUAGAAUAGGAGGUGUGCGAAUGCUAGAUGGAGAUGUAACAGACAUGGUAGAGGCCAAGUCUCUGAACUUCCACCCGCAGCACAUUGACAUCUACAGCGCCAGUUGGGGACCUGAUGAUGAUGGAAAAACUGUGGAUGGACCAGCAAUUUUGGCCCGGCAGGCGUUUGAGAAUGGCAUCCGCACGGGGAGGAAAGGCCUUGGCUCUAUCUUUGUGUGGGCUUCAGGUAACGGCGGGCGCAGCAGAGACCACUGCUCCUGUGAUGGCUACACCAACUCCAUCUACACCAUCUCCAUCUCCAGCACAGCAGAGAGUGGCCGCAAGCCUUGGUACCUGGAAGAAUGUUCGUCCACACUGACCACCACGUACAGCAGCGGGGAGAACUAUGACCGAAAGAUUAUCACAACAGACCUGAGACACCGGUGUACAGACAGUCACACAGGGACAUCAGCCUCGGCUCCCAUGGCAGCUGCCAUCAUUGCGCUGGCUCUGGAGGCAAAUCCUCUGUUAACAUGGAGAGAUGUUCAACACAUCAUUGUAAAGACUUCCAGAGCUGGACAUCUAAGUGCUCCUGACUGGAAGACCAAUGCUGCUGGUUACAAUGUCAGCCACCUGUACGGCUUUGGCCUGAUGGAUGCCGAGGCGAUGGUGAAGGAGGCAGAGGGAUGGAGGCAAGUUCCUGGUCAACACAUCUGUGUGGAGAGUAUUGACAAACAAGUCAGAACCAUUCGUCCAGAGCAUGUGGUUCGAUCAGUGUACAAGGCGACUGGCUGCACUGACAACCCCUUCAACCAUGUGAUCUACCUGGAGCAUGUAGUCGUACGCAUUACAAUUACACACCCUCGCCGUGGAGACCUGUCAAUCAACCUGACCUCACCCUCAGGGACCAAGUCACAGCUGCUUGCCAACAGGUUGUUUGAUCACUCCAUGGAAGGCUUUAAGAACUGGGAGUUUAUGACCACCCACUGCUGGGGAGAGAAGGCAGCAGGCGACUGGGUCCUAGAAAUCUAUGACUCACCUUCUCAACUUCGCAACCAGAAAGUGCCUGGCAAGCUGAAGGAGUGGUCGCUGGUUCUGUACGGCACGUCUGUCCACCCAUACUCUUCUCAACACAUCGAUAAGCCCCGUUUUACAGACAUUCUGACACCCAUCGAUGAGGAAUUCGCAGAGGAGUACAACGGCCCCUGUGACUCUGAAUGCAGUGAGAAUGGCUGCGAGGGUCCUGGACCCCACAACUGCAUUAACUGCCUCCACUACUUCCUCAAGUUCAAAAACAACACCAGGAUGUGCGUUUCCGAGUGCCCCAGUGGCUUUUUCCGUGACGAUAGGAAGCGCUGCAAGAAGUGCUCCUCCUUAUGUGAGACUUGUGUUGGUAGUCGUAGCGACCAGUGCACCAGUUGCAGGGCUGGCUUCCACCUCAACGAAGGCUCCAACACAUGUGUUGCCAGCUGCGCCGAUGGCUUCUACCUCGACAUCGACUCCAACAUUUGCAGGAGAUGUCAUGAGAACUGUAAAAGGUGUACAUCCUCCAAUAUCUGCACAGAAUGCAAACCAGGGAUGAGUCUUCAAGUAAACAAGUGUCAAAUGAGCUGUGACCCAGGGACUUAUUACAACGGCCACAGAAGGACUUGUGAGCCCUGUCAUCGGGCCUGUGCCACCUGCGCAGGCACCGGUGUAGAGGGAUGCACUAAGUGUGCAGAUGGCUACUUACUUGAGGACUGGAAAUGUGUGUCAACAUGUAACAAUGGCUAUUACUUGUCAGAGCAGAUCUUGGACAAUGGGCAGGUCCAGAGGUCAUGUAAGAAGUGUGACCAUAGCUGCUUGGAGUGUGUGGGACCUGGAAGUAGAAAUUGCAGCACCUGCAUCAAUGGUCACAAUCUGGAGGCAGGUGCCUGUGUGGCCAGCACCAUCUGCAAAGAUGGGGGGUACAUGAGUAAACAUGGAAAGUGCCACCUGUGUGAUGUUACCUGUAUGCAGUGCACGGGUCCAGAGAGCGAGGAUUGCACCAGCUGCCCUGAAACAAGGUUCUUUGAUGAAGGACGGUGUGUUAUACGCUGUCAGGCUGGUCGUUACGCCAUGGAGGGACAAUGCCAGCUCUGUCACCACACCUGCCAUACAUGUACUGAUGAGGGACCCGACAAAUGCACCAGCUGUGACACAGAUAGGUUUGGUGUGACCAGAUACCUCUUUCAGAGUCAGUGUCAAGAAGUCUGUCCUGAGGGGUUCUUCCACUCUGCAAGGAUGCGGUGUGAACCUUGUCCUGAAGAAUGCAUCAUUUGUGCUGCUGCUGAUCGCUGUCUCCAAUGUGGGCCAGGGCAUAAACUCAGAAAUGGCCAUUGCUUCCCAAUGGAGUGCAGCAAAGGUGAGAUUUCAGAUGCGGAGAAUGAGGACUGUCUCUCCUGUGAUGAAGGCUGUGAGAAAUGUAAACACAAGGAUUCAAAAGAUCAGGAGCAGAAAACUGUCUGCCUCAAAUGUGAAGCUGGUUACUAUCAGUUAGGCACUGACUGCCAUCAGUCAUGUCCAGAUAGUACCUACGGCGUGAAGGAAAGCAUGGUGUGUGCUCCAUGUGAAAACAAACAUUGUGCAGUCUGUGACCAGUCCCAGUGCUACUGGUGUAUCGAGGGAUUCUAUGUAAAUGAUGGAGAGUGUGUUGAUCAUUGUGAGGAAGGCUUCUUUGUGGACAAAAUGAGCCAAGAGUGUGAGCCAUGUCACCGCAACUGCCGCACCUGUGGAGGGCCACGAUAUGACGACUGUGACACCUGCGAGGACGGAUUCAAACUGAGUAACGGGGAGUGCCUAGAGGGCAGACAGCUCACCGCUUGUCCCGAGAAAAACUUCAGAAACCGUCAGGAUGAAUGUGAGCGGUGCCACCCAUCCUGUAGGACAUGCUUUGAUGCAGGGAAGGAGGACUGCAGAAGCUGCCACAUAGGAAGUUUUUUGACAGCUCGUCAGACUUGUGUGUCUCACUGUCCAUCUGGGAUGUUUGGUAACAUGACAUCUGGCAAGUGUGAGGAGUGCUUGAAGGGGUGUGUUGCAUGCCAGGAUGCCAAAGUGUGCCAGAGGUGUCAGCCAGGACUUUAUCUGCAGCAUGGAGACUGUGUGCUGGAAUGUCAGAGAGGGUUUCCACAAAAUGAUGAAUGCUACCCAUGUGCCCCAGAGUGUGGAUCCUGUAAGGAAAGUCCUUCCCACUGUCUGAGUUGUGAGAAACACUUGUUUUUGCUGAUGAACCACUCCUGCGUGCCUCACUGUCCAGAAGGUUUCUAUGUCAACAACACAGAAUGCCGCCGUUGCUCAGAUCAGUGUAGAGAAUGCAAUCAGAACGGCCUGUGUAGAAGAUGUGUAGAUUACUACUUCCUCCAUGAGGAUAAAUGUGUGGGUGAAUGUCCUGAAGGAUACUUUAGCAGCGAGAAACAGCAUGAGUGUAUGCGUUGUCAUACUGAUUGUGCCUCAUGCGACGGACCACACAUUGAUGACUGUGCUGUCUGUCGCAACCCGAAAGCUGUCCGUUACAAUGGAGAGUGUCUGUCUACAUGUCCGAAUAACACUUACUAUGAUAAGAAUACAAAUGAAUGCAGAGAGUGUGACAAGUCAUGUCUGACCUGCUCAGGCCAUGCACCCUCAAACUGCCUCAGCUGUGAUUCCAACAGACGGAUAGAUGCCACUGGACACUGUGUGUGGUACAGUGAGUGCCCCCCGGAUUCAUACAUGGACCAGAAACUGGCAUGCCACCCAUGUCACAUGUACUGUGAUAGCUGUUCUGGUCCAGGAGACGACCACUGCCUCAGCUGCAGCAAGAAACACUUCCUACUGAAUCACACCUGUGUGGAAAAGUGUCCUCUGGGUUACCAUGCUGAGGACAAAGAACGUGUGUGUGAGCGCUGCCACUUCAGCUGUGAAUCUUGUGUUGGCCAUCACAGUGUAGACUGUGUCACCUGCAAACCAGGAUUUUUUAAGCAUGACAUCAGCUGUGUUGAAACCUGUCCAUUGAGUCACUUUGGUAACAUGACUGCUAUGGUUUGUGAGCGAUGUGACCCCUCCUGCACCCAGUGUUCAGGUGGUGGUAACGGAAAAUGUCUGAGCUGCCGGGAAGGUUACAUCUACAUGAGGCCUUGGGGACAAUGCCUGAAGAACUGCCCUGGAGGCUACUAUAAAGCCCAGAAAUCCCCAACCUGUCAAAUGUGUCACCCAACCUGCAAAACAUGCAGUGGUGGGGGUGCUUUGGCUUGUCUGUCCUGUUAUGAUAACUUCCACUUCAUGAGCGGCAUCUGUGACAACCCGUGUUUCGUAGGCUCCUAUCCUGAAACUGAGAGUUCAUACAAUGAUAAACCAAACUGCAAACCAUGUGACUCAUCUUGUGAAGGCUGCCAUGGCCCCAGCAAGUGGGACUGCUUAUUGUGUGCUCCAAGCCAGAUCUUGUCUGAUGAUGGCCGAUGCUUGACUUGCUGUGGAAAUCAGACAUUAGGAAAUGAUAAGCCAAUACCCUGGGAGUGCUGUGACUGCAAAUCAUCAAGAGCGAGGUGCAUCCUUGGUGUCAAUUUUCUGAUGGUGCCAGCUGCCGAUUUAGGCAGCACACCGAAGCUCUUUGUCAUAGCUUGUGUUCUGGUCAUCGUCUUUCUGGGUGGAGGGAUCUUCAUCUUCCUCAGUGCUCGAACUACGAAGCUCGCCGUCACACCCAAAACCAGAGCUGGAGGAUACAUGAAACUGGACACCAGUGGAGGACAAGUGUCACAACUCACCACCUCUUCAUUUGGGGAGUACAGUGACAAAAUUGUUAAAUGUGAAGAUGAUGAAGAAGCGGAUGAUGAUGAAGAUAUUGUGUAUAUGACAAAAGAUGGAACAGUGUAUCGUAAAUUUAAGUAUGGACUACUGGAUACUGAUGACAUUGAGCUGGAGUAUGAUGAUGAGAGCUACUCAUAUAGAUAAAAAGAAAAGCUGAAGUGGACAGGAACCAUUCUUUACAUUUCUGCAGUUUAAAUGUUUUGUGAAACAUAUUUUUUGUUUGGAAACAGCACAUUUGUGUCAUUGGCCCACAUGAUCUUUAUCUAAUCUAACUUUUUUUGUUUUAGCAUUUCAAAUUUUUAUCACAUUUCUAGAUGGAGCAGGGAAAUAUGUAUUUAUUCAAGAAUUAUGAAUAUAACUAACAUUUUCCCCUUAAAACUCUAACCUCAUUGAUUUUUAGCCAUAUUAAAAGUGUUUUCUGUUUGUCUUACAGCCGAGCAGAAGAUGCACACUGUUCAGCCACAGUUGUGACAAUGCUACAGUUAGUAGCCAGACCUGUUUGCUGGGAUAACUGUAAGCCUUCUUUCAUUGUGAGAAUUUGCUGCAACAAAAAGUUGGGAAAUGUUUCCUGUAUUAUCUUUCUUAAUAUAUGAAACUUGUAACAAAACAGUUGAGCUUUAAGGUCACUGUGGAGAUUACAGUUUUUUUUUAUAUCUUUCCAUAAAUAAGUAAAUGUCUAGGGCCCAUUACAACAUACUGUAUGAAACAAAUUAUUAUAUUUGUCAGUUUAUUUGUUGAGCAAAAUGAUUAAAUGUGUAAUAUUUUUCAGUAGAAAAAGUCUGUGAGCCUUUGCUGUGAAGGCUGCUAAUUGUCCGACGCUACCUUCUUCAUCAGGUGUGGCAGACUAAACAUGGGAGAUGACUCUUGUUUGUUAAUUUUCUAUAACACAACUCAGCAUAAUCAAUUUGAAUAUUAUUCAAUGUAUGAACGGAAACCGCAUAAAAUAAAAAAACAGGAUGCACGACUCACUUCAUAGUUGUCAUAAACAUAAAAUAACUUGCAUACACUACCAGUCAAAAGUUUGGACACGUUUUCCCAUUAGAAUCAGUGAGUAAGUGUGUGCAAAGUUACAUUUGCUUGUCAGCGCCUGGUGUUGGUACCCUUCAACAAAAGUUCUUGGCCGUUCAUAUGACAUCUAAGUGGCUGUGAACUUCUGGUUUUUUGCCUUACAAUAAAAAAUGAAGGUUGAGUGUUGGAUUAUGCAGGGCAGCCCGUUUGUUUGGGUUUAGUAGAUGUAUACCUCAGUGAUAUAGAGGUGGGAAUUUGUUCAGACCUCAGCAGAAAGUUGCAUGAGAAAUGACUUCCCUUACUUUCCCAAAAUAUUUUUCCUAAAGCAUUCCUUUGUUUAGACUUUGCUGCUUCACUGUUUGCUGGUUUUGUCUCCUUCAGAUAGUGAUACAGUGGUUUUAAAUCUUUGGAAGCUGCUCAUAAAUGUUUUUCUUUUUCUGUGAUUCUUUGAGUUAAAAUGUCCUAUAAUAACUGCUUCCUAAUAAAGCUGCAUUUUGAUCUGUGUUAGAAAUGUGAAUAUGGCUGCAUGACUGUAACUACAUAACUUCUUUUGUUGCAGACAAAUGUCUUCCUUGACAACUUUCUAUUAAGUUGUUAUAGAGCAGGGACUUAUAUGUUGUACGACAGUGAAUAAUCAUAGUUCUGCCACUCCAUUUCUAGUCAUGGCUAAUGUGCCCUUGAGCAAUGCACCCACUCCACAAUUGCUCUUUUGACACUGCAAAUACAGCUCCCCACUAAUCUGAGUGCUCAUGAUUUUCUUAAUGGUCAUAGAGUGGCAAUGAUUUCCGAUGGGUUAAAUGAAGAGAUCAAACUGCUGUGUGAGUUAUAGCUUGGUGUUAAACAAUAAUGAGAACUUAUCAUUUUUCCCUCUGUAAUUCUUCACAACAUCAAAAUAUUCUGAGACAGGGAUUUUAAAACUUUGUCAAAAUCUGACAUUUUGUUUCAAAACAUUUCAGAUUCUCAGAUUCUUUGCCUGUUUGAUAGACACUGGAAAUGUUCUCUUUUUGUAAUAAAACUUGUUGGUUAAUUGAGAUUGAAGGGGCUGUAGUGAGUCUUUAUUG